UCUUUCUCUCUCUCUCUUUUUGAUUGAUAAUAAUGCAUCCUGCUAUUGCAGUUGUAUUAAUUGGUGGAGGUGCUGUUGCAGCAGCCUUUGCUAUUUGGGGUGGAUAUGAACUAUUCACAACUUGGCAUGAGCAAUAUAGAGAAAGGAGAGAAUACGAAGAGUUUGUUAGAAGCACUUAUGCUCAGUAUGAAGGCAGGAACCAAAGGACGAAUAAUGAAUUUGAAUUUGAAGAUGAUGAAAAGGAUAAAAAUAACAAAAAAGAUGAUGACGAUGAUAGCGAUAGGAAUACCCUAAGAGCCUAUCCUAUGAGCAAUGACCAAUAUGAAUUAAGAAAUAGAAGAGGACAUACAUUCGACUUUGAUCAAGACCAAUACGAGCUAACUGAGCUAGAAAAAAGUCUCGAUGAAAAGAGAAGACGGUUGAUGGCAGAACAAGCUUAUUUGGAUAGAGAAGAAGAAAUUUUAAGAAAACGUCGAGAAGCUCUACAAGUGAAUAAAGAAGAUACUAAUACCUCCAUGUCAAGCACGAUGACAGAAGCAGAAUACGGAAGUACAUUUAACCCUUUUAUGGAUUCCCAUGAGAGUGAUGAUUCGAUUUCCCAUCACUUUGAAAAUAAUAUGAACCUUACCAGUCAUAGCGAUGAUGAAGACCAGCAGGAGCAGCAAAAUGGUAACUAUCAAGAAGCAAGUAGCAGCUCUCUGUACCACUCAUUAUCCUCAUACGCCGAGCCGCAUGAACUUCGAUUCCCUGCUCCUUCUACUACAACAGAGAAUCAUUCUGUUACAACCAACUCUACAGUUCAAUCAACAAGAGGACUAUCGGACACAGAAGAAAGCUGGGAUGCUGUCAGUGAAAGAGAUUGGUUAAGGUCUGUGGAUGGAUCAGACGUGGACCAUCCUCUUUCUGACUCACACAGUAUCAAGAGUUUCAGCGAUGAAGAACAUCGUUGUGAUUAAUGCUUGUUUUUAAUAAACACAUGUCUUACCAACUUACUACAUGUUGUCACUUCAUAUGUCAACAAAAGCACAAGUUCAGAAGCAAAUAAUAACAAUUGUAAUUUGUUAUUGAUAAAUAUUCUUAUUGCCCGUUUGACAAAGUUGGUCAGUUGAAUCUCUUCUUUGCCAAGCCCUUCUGCCUUCAACGCCAAGAGUAUAAGCUCUAGACGAGAAUGAUG